AUGGCAAUGAGAAGGCAAGGAGAAGAAGGCAAUGAGAAGGAAGGAACCAGCCGGAGGAAGGAACCAGCCGGAGGAAGGAACCAGCCGGAGGAAGGAACCAGCCGGAGGAAGGAACCAGCCGGAGGAAGGAACCAGCCGGAGGAAGGAACCAGCCGGAGGAAGGAACCAGCCGGAGGAAGGAACCAGCCGGAGGAAGGAACCAGCCGGAGGAAGGAACCAGCCGGAGGAAGGAACCAGCCGGAGGAAGGAACCAGCCGGAGGAAGGAACCAGCCGGAGGAAGGAACCAGCCGGAGGAAGGAACCAGCCAAAGGAAGGAACCAGCCAAAGGAAGGAACCAGCCAAAGGAAGGAACCAGCCAAAGGAAGGAACCAGCCAAAGGAAGGAACCAGCCAAAGGAAGGAACCAGCCAAAGGAAGGAACCAGCCAAAGGAAGGAACCAGCCAAAGGAAGGAACCAGCCAAAGGAAGGAACCAGCCAAAGGAAGGAACCAGCCAAAGGAAGGAACCAGCCAAAGGAAGGAACCAGCCAAAGGAAGGAACCAGCCAAAGGAAGGAACCAGCCAAAGGAAGGAACCAGCCAAAGGAAGGAACCAGCCAAAGGAAGGAACCAGCCAAAGGAAGGAACCAGCCAAAGGAAGGAACCAGCCAAAGGAAGGAACCAGCCAAAGGAAGGAACCAGCCAAAGGAAGGAACCAGCCAAAGGAAGGAACCAGCCAAAGGAAGGAACCAGCCAAAGGAAGGAACCAGCCAAAGGAAGGAACCAGCCAAAGGAAGGAACCAGCCAAAGGAAGGAACCAGCCAAAGGAAGGAACCAGCCAAAGGAAGGAACCAGCCAAAGGAAGGAACCAGCCAAAGGAAGGAACCAGCCAAAGGAAGGAACCAGCCAAAGGAAGGAACCAGCCAAAGGAAGGAACCAGCCAAAGGAAGGAACCAGCCAAAGGAAGGAACCAGCCAAAGGAAGGAACCAUUGCCACUACAACUACUGAAAAAGAAGCUCCACCACCACCACCACCACCACCACCACCACCACCACCACCACAUCUCUAG